ACAGGACCUUGUCUUUCAGGCAGGCCUCAUGGCUGAGUGAGACUUCCUUGAGCCCAGCAAUCUACCCCAGCAUGGUCCAGGCCUGUGAGGGGCGCUCCAGAGCACAGCCACCAACCUUGUCUUUGGGGGCAACCAUGACCCAGCCUCCACCCACCAAGGCUCCGGCCAAGAAGCAUGUGCGGCUGCAAGAGAGAAGGGGCUCCAGCGUAGCUCUGAUGCUGGAUGUUCGGUCUUUGGGGGCUGUGGAACCCAUCUGCUCGGUGAAUACACCCCGGGAGGUCACCAUACACUUUCUGCGCACAGCCGGACACCCCCUUACACGCUGGGGUCUACAGCACCAGCCACCCAGCCCCAAGCAGCUAGAGGAGGAAUUCUUGAAGAUCCCCUCAAACUUUGUCAGCCCUGAAGACCUGGACAUCCCUGGCCAUGCUUCCAAGGACCGAUACAAGACCAUCUUGCCAAAUCCCCAGAGUCGUGUCUGUCUUGGCCGGGCCCAGAGCCAGGAAGAUGGCGACUACAUCAAUGCCAACUACAUCCGAGGCUAUGAUGGGCAGGAAAAGGUCUACAUUGCCACCCAGGGCCCCAUGCCAAACACUGUGGCGGACUUCUGGGAGAUGGUGUGGCAAGAGGAAGUGUGUCUCAUUGUCAUGCUCACCCAGCUCCGAGAGGGCAAGGAGAAAUGUGUGCAUUACUGGCCCACAGACGAGGAAACCUAUGGGCCCUUCCAGAUCCGCAUCCAGAGCAUGAAAGAACACCCAGAGUAUACCGUGAGGCAACUUACCAUCCAGCACCAAGAGGAAUGCCGCUCAGUAAAGCAUGUCCUGUUCUCGGCCUGGCCAGACCACCAGACUCCAGAAUCAGCAGGGCCCUUGCUGCGCCUGAUGGCUGAGGUGGAGAGCCCGGAGACAGCUGCUAACUCUGGGCCUAUCGUGGUUCACUGCAGUGCAGGGAUCGGCCGGACAGGCUGCUUCAUUGCCGCCCACAUUGGCUGCCAGCAGCUGAAGGCCCGAGGGGAAGUGGACAUUCUGGGCAUCGUGUGCCAGCUGCGCCUGGACAGAGGAGGCAUGAUCCAGACAGCAGAGCAGUACCAAUUCCUGCACCACACGCUGGCCCUGUAUGCAGCCCAGCUGCCCCAGGAGCCCAGCCCCUGAGCCCCAGCCCUCCACCAGUCCAGGAGCCAACCUCCCCUCAGGGCUGGGACGGUGGAUCUGGGGAAGUGGGCUGUGUGCUCUGAGACAGCUUCUUCAUAAGCACAGGAAAGGGAGCCUCAAUAAUGAGAAUGUUUACAGUCCCGGGAAAAUGCUCCAGCCAGCAACAGGGGCCAGGCCACGGGUCUUCCCCAGCAACCGGACCGUUCCUCUGCCUCCUCCACUGGCCCCCAGUGGACUAUGGGGGAACUUCCAGUAGCUCUGAACUUACACAUAGGAGCUGGUACUUGGAAUGGAUUGAGAAAGAAGCUGAGGUGCUGGUCUAUCUCACGUGCCCUCUGCGGCCUUUCUACCCUGUUGAUGACACAGAGUCAGUCCUUCGCUGCCAUCAUGGAAGCAAACAGAAUGGUCCUGAAAGCCAUUCCAGAUGUAGUCACGCUGCUGGGGCUGCCGAGACAGUCAACUGCAGGAUCCUCUUCCAUCAGGGCCUUGCCUGCAAACAGGCCAGAUGCAAGAGCAGGGAAAAGUCUGGUCUAACCUUGGCUAAAUCCUCUACAUCCUACAUAGACUGCUCCUCCCCAUACACCUGCGAGUGUCAGAUAACCACCACCACCCCUCAGAAGAGAACAAGGACCCUGACUGGCCUCCACAUGUGUCGGAAAAGGAGAUGCAGAGGUAACCAAGUCUAGCCAUUGAGAUCGCUGGAAGAGCC